CUUUAGAAUAAGCUAUGGUCAAACAAGAAUGUAAUUCAUUAAUGGACAUUUUGAAAUAAGCAGGACGUGAACAUUUUGGAUUUUCGCUUUGUGUGGACUGCCAUAGUGAGAUAAGCCAUUACAUCUGAAGGAUUCUACCAUCUAGCUGAUACAUCAUGUCUGUUGAGAAGCAGCCAAUGGGAAUGGAGCUGCAGCCAACAGGGCUACCAGCAAGCCUCACGUACCUCCAGGACCUGGAUCAGAUCACCAUCAAGCAGAAGAUUGAGAUGCUUGAAGUGCUGACUGGAUUUGAGACAAGGAACCGGUAUGCUGUUUUAAACAAAGAAGGGCAGCAAAUCUUCUUUGUCCAAGAAGAGUCGAGCCUUUGUGAGCGAUGCUUCUGUGCUCCAAACCGUGGUUUCCAGCUCCACAUGACUGACAACAAUUCACAGGAAGUUGUGCGGAUGUCGCGGGAGUUCAAGUUUUGUAUGGGUUGUUGCUGGUGUGGUGGCGGCUGCUGUCAAAUGGAGAUUGUUGUUGAGUCGCCAGUCGGCAGGGUUUUAGGCAAAAUCAGAACAGGGACUUCAAAGUGGAAGGCGCACGUACAGGUGUAUGACGCUACUGACAAGCAUGUGUUCACGAUCUGGGGAAUGUGUUGUCCAUGCCAGACACCCUGCUGUAAAGAAGAUCUCAACUUCCCAAUCACAACCCCAGAUUUAAGUCAGCGAGUUGGCAAUAUUGCUCGGGAGUGGCGAGGAUGUUUUGUUGAUUGCUGCACAGAUGCUGACACCCUGAGGCUUGAAUUUCCUGUUGACAUGACUCUGGAUUGUAAAAUGCUCCUCACUGGUGCCGCCUUCAUGAUUGAAUAUUACAUUUUUGAGAUGGAGAAAAAUGGCAACGGUCAAUAGAGUUUACACUGCAGAAAAAGUGGUCACACAAGUUUAUCACAAAAUCAGACUAGAUUGCUUGGUAUUUGUUUAUGCAAAUUCUUGAAUAUUUUGAAUACUAGUAUAUAAAAAUUCUUAAAUAUUUUGAAUUUAUUGCAUAAUUACUGUUUGAUUAUUAUUAUUGGGAAUAAUAAGCCAAUUGGUACUGUCUGAUAAUGUGUGAUUUUUGGGGGGAAGGGGAAAAGCACUUUCAGUUUGUUGUUUAGGUACAUUUCACAUGAAUAUCUCAAGAAUUAUUUAUUUUGGAAUGUAAAGUGUAGGGAGAAGGUUCAAACAUGGUGUCUGUAUUUCUGAUAAGCACAACAAAUAAAAACCAGUGUUGGAAUUGAUGUAUCAAUUGUAUGGCUUUACACACCACAAUCCAUUUGAACUGGCGGGAAUUUCAUCUAUAUUUUCUUCUAGUUAGUUGUCAUCAAACAAACAAAAAAACUCUAUAGCUCGACUAUUCGAAAAAAAAGGAGGCUAUACUUCUCACCCUUGUGUCUGCAUCAGUGACCGGUUAAAUUUAGGGCGAGUUUGCACCAAUACUCUUCAUUUAAUUCACAUAAUUCCUCACAUAGUUGUUCAGGAUCGUCAUUAAACAAGGUUACAUAACUCCAUAUUAUCCUAAAUGCAAAUUAUGGCCCCUGAUUUAUUUAAGAACUUUAGUUCAAGUUACUUGAUAUAUAGGAAUAGUUUAUGGACAUCUUUCAUUGAACUGCAUUUGGGGCCCCUAGGGUCAAGGUAACUGUUUCUUAAAUCAGAAAAAUGGUUGGUACUGAAUAACUGUAGUUAAGGUCAACAUAUUGUGACCAAACUUGCUAUAUAUGAAGAGUUUAUACAGACAUUUCAUGGGGUUGUAUUUGGGGCCCCAAGAGUCAAGGUCAUUGUUACCAAAAAUAGAAAAAUGGUUACUACUGAAUAACUUAAGUUGAGUUGACAUAUUGUGACCAAACUUGGUUUGUAGGAAAAAUAUAUGUAGGAGUUCCAUGAGAUUGCAUUUGGGGCCCUAUGGUCAAGGUUAAGGUCUCUUUGACUUAAAAUAGGAAAAAACAGUUGAAACUGAAUCUCACAACAAAAGCUAAAAUUCUGACAUUCAUUAAAAACCUGGUUUCGUUGCAUAUCACGUUUACGAAGUCUCAAUUCUAAGUUAAUCAGACUCAAUACUCAAAACUGUAAACCUAAAUUUUGUUUUUACUUGCUUUUCAGCACAGCAUUGAUAGCUAAAAAGCAAAACUAAUUAUCACACCUGAACGUUUCAGAAUCUUUUUUUUUUUUUUGAAUAUAUAUAUAUUUUUUUUAUGCUUUUCUGAGUUAAAUUCUUAACUUAAGACUUGGGACUGUUUGUAAACAUUGACACUGGUGUUUAAAACAACUAAAUAAACUAAAAAUAUCCCUGCAGUAUUGGUAACAAAAUGCUCA